AUGGCCGAUCGUCUUGCAUGGACAGAUGGGCAGUUACAUUUUGGUGAAGUUACGAUAACAACACAAGGUGGCGUUUCAAUUCAUGAUGGAUCGGAUAAAACGGACUAUCAAAAAGGUUUUGUUACAUUAACUAGUCAUCGAAUUUUAUGGAAAGAUAAAUCAGCACAGGUGGAACUAGCACUUUCUGCUAUUGUAUUUUGCGAAAAAAAAGAUGCAUUAUUAACUUCAAAAGCUCGUCUUGUUUGUACUCUAUCACGUGGUCAAGAACCAAAACGUCCAGGUCCAUUUUCAAGUAGUCGUUAUGAUGAAAUUCAAUUUGAAUUUCGUGAUGGCGGUUGUAAUGAUUUUUUACGAUUAAUUCAAGAAGAGUUAGUUAAAAAACGUUGGUUAUUACAACCAGUUAAACCAUCAGCAACAACAACAAAUGAUCAAUUACAACGUACAGGUAUAUCUGGUAUUGAAAAUCAUUUAGCACAUCAAUUAAAUGUUCAACAUCAAUCUAUAAGUGGUGCUUUUCAAGAUUUAAACAAACUUAUGCAACAAGCUAAAGAGAUGGUGAGCAUAUCCAAAACAAUUGCAAAUAAAAUUCAAGAAAAACGAAGUGAUUUAACAAGUGAUGAAACAAUUCGUUUUCGAUCUUAUUUACUUAGCCUUGGUAUUGAUAAUCCAGUGACUAAAGAAUCAGCUGGUAGUCAAUAUCAUACAUCAUUAGCUAAAGAAUUAGCAAAUCUAUUAGAAAAAGCAUUAAAAGAUACAAAUGGGAUUAUGACAUUAAGUGAUGCAUUUUGUCGAAUAAAUCGUGCACGUGGUUAUGAAUUAAUUUCACCAGAAGAUUUGCUGAAUGCAGCUGUUCAUAUGGAAGAAUUAGGUUUACCUGUUAGAUUACGUGUGUUAAGCUCAGGUAUCAAAAGUUUUGAAUUGACAAAUCGAAAUGAAAAAAAAGAUUUAGAAGAAAUUGCCAGUCUUGUAAAAACAGUGACAUCAAUGAGUGCUGAUCAAUUAGCAAAUCAACUUGGUAUUCCUGUGAUUGUUGCUAGAGAAAGAUUGAUUGCUGCUGAAACAAAUAGUUUACUUUGUCGUGAUGAUUCAAUUGAAGGACUUCGAUUUUAUCCGAAUCUUUUCUGA